UUACGCCAAUAUCUUUCCUCAUGCCACCACAUGAAUCAAGCCGCCCAGAGCCUCACUGCUGUUGCGGUCUGUUCCCAAGCCACCGCCCUUGAGCCCGACGGCAAACUGUAUCCUGAGCAAAUCGCUCCAUCCCCUGACUUCAUGGACAAGCAACUCGAGGUCUGGAACCUGGUGCUUGCAGACGACAACUCAGCCCUCUUGCAAAUGCUGUUUCCCUCAAUGGAAAAAGUCCACGAUGAAUACUUCUCCAUGGAGCCCAUCAACGGCGAGUUGACACUCUGCAUCUUUGAGCGACUCGGCGUAUCCAAGGCCGUCAUGAAUCUGCUACAUGGCGUGCUGGACGACGAGGCCCUCAGCAAAGCAGUUGGCCUCAGUGGAAACAUUACAUACGGCCCUCUUGAAACACCUGAUGACUCAAGCUUUGAAGACAAUGCACCACCUGGAUUUGAGGCCCACCGUAGCUUCUGUGUCUACUCCAACACCGAGGGUGGGCGGUCAUUCCCCAUUGUCGGAAUCGAGUACAGGCCGUCUGACCUGCCCAAGGUGGAAGAGAUUACCGCAGCGCUGGCCGAGAGCAUCUUCCCGGAACGCGAUGUCAUUGAGAGGGAAGGUGACACUGUUACAUUGGUCUCUGGCUCCAAGCAAAUGGUUACCGCUACCAUCACGCGGCUCUUUGACUGCAUGGUUAAAUCAGGUGUGUCGUAUGGCUACGUCUACACGGGUGAAGCCAUCAUCUUCCUCGAGAUUCAAGACGACCCAUCCAUCGUAACCUACCAUGUCAGCAUCCCCGGCAACGACGUCUCCAAUGAAGACGAGUCAACCCUGCAUUACUCCGCCGUCGGCCAAAUCUUUGCCUUCAUCAUCAGAGCCAUGCAAGCGGGACCUCGUUCGGCCGAGUGGCACGACAGGGCCGCCAGCCUUGACGUUUGGAGGAGCAGCUACAGCGAGGCGCUGCUCGACAUUCCAGGCUCCUCACGUGCUACUAGCUGUGGCGAUGAGGCCAUGGAUGAUGUCGAUGCUGAGUACGAAGACCACGCCUUUUGGAUGCAGAGCGACGGCGUCAUUGUUAGUGACAUUCGACAGCGUCGAUACUGUACCCAAGAGUGCCUCCUUGGUUUGACCAACGCUGAGCCGUUGGACCCCGAUUGCCCCAACGUCGACAAGCAUGGGAGUGCGCAUAUCGACAAUAUGGAAUUUCUGAGCAUAGUUCAGGAUCUGCUCUCCGGCACUCGCCAAGUCUCUGGCUGCUGCAUCUCGCUUGGCCUGAAAGGCUCUCUGGGAACCAUGUUCAAAGUCAUGAUUCCUUCUCACGGUUACACAUUCGUUGCCAAGGGUGUCCCGGAAAAGAAUCUACCCCGCCUGUUGCGUGAAGCCGACACCUACACCCGCCUCAAGGACCUCCAAGGAGGUUGCGUCCCCGUCUAUCUCGGCAUUAUCCAGCUCGAGGAGACGUUUGAACACAAGAAUUCCGCUCUCAGCCACUUCAUGCUUCUCAGCUGGGCUGGCCGAUCCCUGGAAACAUGGAACCGGUCGUCGGAAUCCUAUGGGUUUGCCAACUCUACGCGCAGGGCUUACAUGGAACUGCACAGUGCAGGCCUGCUUCAUAACGAUGCAGAGCCGCGCAACAUGCUCUACAACCCUCAGCUUGAUAGAAUCAUGCUCGUGGACUUUGAGCGCGCGUCUAUCUAC